GAAAAAUUAGCUCUUGAGAGGGAAAAUAAAAAGCUUCGCACACAGAUUGAAGAUUUAGAUGAUAGGUUAGAGCGGAAAACAAAGCAGAUGACGAUGGCUUCAGACUCUGAUGUUAAAGCUCUUCAAAUUGAAUUACAUGAAAAGAAUAAGGAGUUAGCUGAUCUAAAACAUGCUCAUACAAAACUGAAAAAGGUUUUGCAAGAUAAAUCCACAGAACUUGCUCAUGCCUUACGCCGAUCUGAACAGUAUGAAGCAGAAGUUAAGAAAUUAAGAGGAAGAAUUGAAGAAUUGAAAAAAGAGUUAGCUUCUGCUGAAGAUGAGGUGGAUAGUGCAACAAAUAAUAUAAGAAAACUUCAAAGAACUAACGAUGAAUUGCAGGAACAGAUAGAAAAUUUGCAAGUUCAAGUUGAGCAUCUACAAACUAGCAAAGAGAAUGAUUCACCUGCCAAACAUGUGACUGAGGAACUCAGCGAGCCAUGCCCUGUUGACUCGUCAUGUUAGCAGCAAUUUUGUUCAGGUUGAUCCAAUGAGUGAAGAUGACAAUUUAGAUUUUUGAUCUCAUGUUUAUAGCUUUAUGUUAUUGUGAUACAUUGGAGUAUAUUUUGAAGCUUUUAUUAUUGAAUUGCUAAGUAGAGAUUUAAUUUCUACCUCUCCCUAUUCUGAUGAAUCUCUAAAACUUGGUUUGUUAUUACAAAGAUAUUUUUAUUGUGUUGUUGUAUUUAUUGUAGGUACUAAUUUUAUUGGGUUAUUUAAAUUGGGUAUCAAUUUUAAUACAAUUAAAUACUUAAUUCAAAAUUGAAUGCAUAAUAUUGUAAAACAUUUAACUGGAGUAGUAGAAUGAUUGCUUAUACUUUUCGAUUGUGCAUUAAUGUGUGUAAAAAAAAAGAUUUAAAUUACCAACAAACACUUUGAAUUUAAUGGUACAUGAAAUGUGUUUUAGUUGCAUGUUUCAAAGAGUAAAUAUUUGUCAAUUUCAGGCUGGAAAUAAAAAAACAUAAUGAAAGCAAAAAAUUUUAACUUAACAGUUGAUGGAAAAAAUGAAUUUUAGAUUGGUAAUAAAAUUUGGUUAAUAGAUUGACAGUGGCGGCUGGAGGAAAUGGAUAUUUAAUACAUCCUCUAGCUCACAUACAUUUUACAUGUAUUUAAAGUGUGUUAGAUAUGCACAUCAUUUCUCCAGUUAAAAAUAUGGGUAUUACACCACUUUGAUUGGUUUUUAUUUAUUUUUUAAUGUUUUUUUUUUUUUUUUUUGUCUUUUAUUAAUCUUGUAGAAAUUAUGUAGAUAUUAAAUCACAUACAGUGAAGAAUAACAUGCCUUAUUUUAUUACCUUUUAAUAAUUUUAAAAUAAAAGAAACUAACCGGUUAUGGUUUUCUUUUAUGUACUAAAAGAAAAAUUUCAGUUGAGAUACUUUUAAAACUCGAUAAAUCAUGCAACCUUCCAGAUAAAUUAUUUCCUAAUUUGAAUAAAGGCAUAACUUAAAAAAAAAUUUCAACACAUGUGUUUGCAUAGUGACAAGGGAUGAUUGGAUAGCUGUACUUUUUGUGUGGCAUUUUUCUUGGCUUGUACCAAAUAUUAUAUUUCUGGGUAAGGAAAUUUUGGUGAACAAAACUUUAGAAUGAAUGUUAUGCUUUUGGUCAUACAAAAGUACAAAACAUUUACAUACAUGACACGUUUUAAAAUUAGCAUAUUGCCUUUAUCAUGGGAAUUUUCCUACUGAAUUUCGUCCAAAUCAUAUAGAACAUGUUUGUACACUUUUUUUUCCUUUUGAAAUGGCAGCUGUAGUUUUUUUUUUUUUUUUUUUUUGAUAUAAAUUUAUUUAUGUGCUUUUCUUGAAACAGAAGUGCCAAAACAAAAGCAGUUUAAUUUACUUGUGAGCAUCGAAUCCUGUUUUACCUUAAGGUAAAGCUCUAGAAUAGCGGUCGCCAAUGGACGACCAUUUAUUGAAAAUGGCUACCAAAAAGUCAAGUCUUAGUUGCCAAAAAUGGCGACCAUAUGUUUAUUUGUUAAAAAUCAUAUCUUUUAUUAUGCAACAAGAAGUUGCACAUCCUGACACGUUCAGCACAUCAGCAAACUCCACCUUGGCAGCAUAAUUUGGAGCAAACUCCCUUAUGGUUAUUUAUUUUUUGCGCUGAAUAUAUAUUUAUUUUCAAAAAAUGGCUGUGGAAAGUGGCUAUCAUUUUUUGUGACUCUGUUAGCUAGAGACUACUACUCAGAAUUCCUAGUCUAGAGCUUUACUUUAAGGUAUGUUUUGAAUCAUGUGUGUAUUUUAUUUAUGUUUCUUGAAGAGAGGCUUUUUUUUUUUUUUUUGCUCUCUCUGAUGUGAUGUAUCAGAGUAUGAUAUUUUUAUUUAUUUAAAAUGCUUUAUAAACGACACGAAAUGAAUAUAUGUAUAUAUGUUGGAAUUUAAACACAAACUAUCUAUAGUAUUAUAUAUAAUUCAAUUAUGUAUAAGUUCUUUUAUUUUGCUGUAUGAAAGUACUGUUUGAUUAUUGCAUUUAAUGAUUAGAAUUUCUAGUACUACUAAUGGUUAAUGUACAAAUAUUUAAUCAUUGUUUUGAAAUUUUACUCACAAAAAAGAAAUGGCGGUGAAUUGUAGUUUUGGUAUUACUUGAUAAAUACUGAG